AUGAACACUAUGAAAAAAAUGUCAGAAAGCAGGCAUUUCUCGUCUUAAUAAUAAGAAAGUAGUCCAUUAAUGAAUUAAUCCACAAAUUAAUCAACUAAAAAAAGAAGCAAAAACAAAGAAAAUAUAAAUUUGUUUAAUGAAGUUAAUUCCUUACUCUAGUAUUACCAAAAUUCUAAUAUCCUCAAAAAAAAAACAUCAUUGCCAACUUCGAUGGUUUCUCCUAAGAAAAUGAUGGAUGAUAUAUUUUUGAAGCAAGUACUCUAAACAAGAAAAACUAAUAGCAGAAAUAAAGUCAGUGUAUCAUAGAAUGUAGGAUAAAAAGUUUUAAGCUUAUCACCAAUAGAAUAAAAAUAAAAAUCAUUCACUAAAGGUAACCAAUUUCGUUGUGCCUAUCACGCUAAUAAGAAAGCAAAAUUUUUUGAAUAUAAUCGCAGCAUUGGAGCUAUAUUCUAUUGUUCUGAAUGCUCUGUUGGAAAACUAAUUAAAGGAAAUAUUCUCUUUCCUGUUGAAAAUUAUCAAGUUAAACAGGUGUCGAAUAAAAAACGAGAAAAUCAGUCUGUUAGUAGAGCUAAUUUUUGGUCUGUGGACGAAAAUUCACUCCUAUCUAAUUCUCCCUUUUUAUUAGAGUCUACUGAUACAUUCACUAGUAUAACUGAUGAGACAGAGGACAAAGCAAAGGAAUUAAAGGACUUUUAGAAAUCUUUAUCUUCUUUAUAAUAGGAAUGCUAAUCAAUUAUUGAAAAUUCUAAAGGAAAUACUUAUUAGACCCAAUUCAAUUCAAUAAAUACAGAGUUACAAUAACUACUAUAUAUGAUAAAUAUUCAGUCAAUGAAGUUGUUGUAACAAUUGCAAUCUUAAAAUCAUUUAUAAUAAGUCUAUGAAGUACAAAAUGAAUUAAAUUCGAUUUUAUCUGACAUUUAAUCAAAUGAAUCAAAUAUACUCAAUAAUAUGUCAAUUAAGCCAUUUAAAUAAAUAAUGAAUAAAUAUAAGGAAAAAUUGAAAGGACACACAUAAACAAUUAAUAAUUGCUCAAGCAGUCAAUAAAUUUUUGAAUUGGAUGAUAGAUUACAAAAAUUAAAUAAAGUUAAAAAAAUGCUCAAAACCAAUUUUAAAAUAGAAACUGACGAAUAGGAAUUGUUGAGUACUAAAAGAAAACUUAGUAGUAAUGUUUAUAUUUCUUUCGAAAAUAAAGAAAUGUUCUUAGCAGCAGCAGCUGCAAAUAAAGCCAAUAGUGUUCAUGUCAAGGAUGAGCCCGAUUUAGUUCAAAUUGAUGAUAAAUGUCAUCUACUUGAAUCUCCUAAUUUUAUUCAGAAUUGA